UUGGAGAAAUAUAUCCAGAGAAACAUUGGAUCUUAUCUAAAUGUAAUGUCCAAUUAUUCCCCAGUAUUCCAAUUGGGGCACUGAUAAGAAACUGAAAAAACAAUUUGACGUAGCUGCCACUGUUGAUUACAGAACUCAGUAGGGACACUGCCCAGCCUGCCACCCCCAUCCCCCCCUCUGCUAAUCCUACUCAUUUGUAUGGUCAUACCAUUACUCCACAUAAACAUCAGAGCAGACAACAGAAGGUUAUUUGGUGUGUAUCCUACACUGUUUCCAUCUCUCUCAGGAUGGCCAGGUCCAGCUCAGCACAAAACACCUGCAACUGGAUUAUGGCUCUUCUCGCGCUUUGGUCCAUGGUCUCUCUGAUUGUUAUUGUGGUGUGGUCAACCUGGUCCCCCAUGUUUAGCAUUGCACAAUGCAGAGCAGAGCAGCAGGCCUUAAUAGAAAAAAUGGAGGGAGCCAAGGUGUUGAAAGAAAGGGAGAAGGAAGUCUUGAAAACUACACUAAAGCUGAGCUAUGAGAACCAGACCAAACUGCAAGAGGAACUGGAGAAUAUCUUGGAGAGCCAGAGGGAAACCAAUACAUCUCUAACCGACAGUCUGCAGAUUCAGAUUAUCUUAAAGGAUAACAUGACCGCUUUGGAAAAUAACAGAAUCAUGCACCAGAAUGAGCAUGAAAGACUUUCUUCUGAGCUGGCUCAACAGGAGGCUCUUAUUGGAACACUGUGGGUUCAUUUGACCAGUGAGGCGCAUCUCUUGGAUUCAUGCGCCGCUCUACGUGAUGCGGCGAACAGUCAGCAGGUGGCAGCAGAGAGUCAGAGAAAAGCCUGUGAUUCCAAAACAACUCACCUAGACAAAUUUGCAAGGCUGAAGGAUGAGGGACAGAGGACUGCCAUAACCACAAAAGGAAACACCAAAGUUUCUUCUAAUUUCAGUUGAUAGCGGACAUUUGAAUACAGUAUAUGUGGCAUAUUAGUUUUAACCUCUCUAACUCAUUUCUCAUUAUCUACAUUGAUUUCUUGAUGAUUAAUGAUUUCUAAUCAUUAAUCAAAUACUCCAGCUCUCUUGCUCUCUCCUGACACUGUUUAUGUGGCCUCAUCUUUUGAUUGUCUGUACUUCACCAAAUAAUAUUUUUUAAUAUUUUAUUAUUCAUAUUCUGUAAAACUUAGUCUUAUUGUCUGUUGAUUCAUGUAUAAACACCUAAUAAUAAAUUGCACUUACUGUAGGUAAAACAAAAAAAGUUAAAAUCCAUUAUCUGGAGUUUGCAACCACUCAGAACAAACAUCUAUUGUAAUGGACAUUAAAAUAUCUAUUAAAAAAUGAUAAUAAACUGAUUAUUAUUAUUAUUAUUUUUAAUUGAUUAUCAAUUAUGGCUACCGUCAGAAUAGAAAUAGAGCAAGAUCAUAUUUUUUUGCAUCCCUGGAACCUGAAUUGGGACCUGAAAGGGUUAAAAUCCUUAUAUUUUUUGUUUCUUUAGCUUCUCUACAAGUGUAUGAGGUUAAGCACAAUCACUAAGCAUAAAGACUAUUCAAAACUUUAUUAGAUAAUAGAUCAAUAGAAGAUAAUUUCAGCCUAAGGUGGUGUGCUUUGUAUUUUUGUUUUAAACAUAAUACUUCUAAUUAUUAGAAAUCUAAUAUUAAAAAUCACCCAGUUGGAUUAGACUGAUAGUAUGUUUCACAUUUAAAAAUUGUAAAGGCUGUUUGUUAAUUUGUAUACCGCUCACUAAACCUCCUUAUUUCAGAGUGACUCAGGAUUUCAACCAGUUAAUUUAAUAAACUUAAGACGAAUGCUGCCAUUUUUGGACAAUGUGCCUGUGUUCCCAGGCUUAGUCCUCUGGGAAUCAGACAUGCUUACUAAAGCAUCACUCAAAACAACAUUUCUCUGCAGAAUUUUUGCAGAUUAAUCUUAAAGGAAUAUUCCGGGUUCGAUCCAAGUUAAGAUCAAUCAACAGCAUUUGUGGCAUAACAUUGAUUACCACAAAAAUUAAUUUAGACUCGUUCCUUCUUUAAUUUAAAAAAAAGUAAAAAUCUGUGUUACAGUGAGGCACUUACAAUGGAAGUGAAUGGGGCCAGUUUUCGGAGGGUUUAAAGGCAGAAAUGUGGAGCUUAUUAUUUUAUAAAAGCACUUACAUUAAUUCUUAUGUUAUUGUAAACCUCAUGUAUUAUUUGAGCUGUUAUUCCGAACCUGAAUGCUGUUAAAUUUUCUGUGGAACACAAAAUGAGAAUUUUGAAAGAAUCUUCAAGCAGCUCUUGUCCCUUCUGUACAAAAACGGUUCAUUGUGUCCAUGGCUAUCAAGCAUUACAAAAGACAAAUUGUCCAAGUUGUCUGCAGGACACAUGUGCUAAAUUGUAUGUCUUCUGAAGGCAUACAAUUGCUUUGUGUGAAAAGUCCAGCAGAGUGGAAGGAUAAUAUAUGAAUAAGGACUUAAAUGUCUGUCUGUUCCUCACACAAAGUUCUCAUAUAGCUUCAGAAGACUUGGAGUAUAUUGUAGAAGUCAUUCAGACUACUUUUAUGGUGGUUUUAUGGUGUUUUGUUGCUGAUGUGGAGCUUGACAGCCUUGGUCACUAUAUGAUUUUCCAAUAUACAAAAACAGCUUUAGGUAAUAAGUACAAAAGGGUAGCUAAAGAAAAGUAGCCUAUUUUUAAUUAUUGACACAUGGAGUCAAACAGCACUAUCUCUUUGUGAACUUUCUUUUGUUUUUC